AUGGCUAUUGGAUUUCUUAUAUGGGGAUCAAUGCAGAUUAUUGUCGGUUGGUCGGUGGCUCGUUUUGGACUGCUCGGCCUAUUGGCUCCGACAGAAAUGAAGCAUAACAUGCUCAACUACAUCGGCAUGUUGAUCACCUUAAUAAGUGGUGUUCUCUUCGUCUUUGUCAAGCACAAAGACCAAGAAAAGAAGCGUAUCUCUGUUCCAAGUGAAUCGACAGCAUUAGAAUCACAAAGCACCAAGGACACCACUAGCAGUGGCUCUUCAAGGAAAUCAGCCAGUAAGGAACAUGGCAAGUCUGGUUCAAGCGAAAGCGCAGCCUUGGAAUCGCACAGCGACAGGGACGCUCCAGAUGCUCAGCCCUUGGAAUCAUCAUUCAACAAAGAAGUAAUGCUCCGAAAAUUACCGUGA